AUGUCAAGCUCGAGCUAUACAGCAACAACGACCCACGUAACGCGAAAGUUCCACUGGCCAGAUAUACAACUGAACAUAUGGUUCUCCGUCGUGCUUGCGGGGUCAGCGACAUGUCUAGGCAUCUUCAGUUGGUUCAUGACGGUGCAGGCUCAGAUGGAGCUACCGACACCAUGGGUCUUUCCAUUCAUGAUAGCCACCGCCGCCUUGUCGCUCAUAUUCCUGUGCCUGAUCGUGUUCCUCGCCAUGCAGCACUCCCUAAUACCCGAAAUGAUAAUACUGGGCAGCUUCAUCCUCUUCGUGCUCUGGUUCGCGGGCCUGAUCGGCACGGCUGUGCAGCUGUAUGGAAGCAAGGCGAGCAUCAAUUCGAAUUGCCAGAAUUGGGUGUCUGGGUACGAGUUCAAGGGCGCGAGUAUCAAUACGCUGGCGUGGUUAACGAAUUUUAAUAUCUGUAAUUGCUGGAAAGCUGCAUUUGCAUUCGAGGUGGUCGUCUCAGUCUUCCUCAUCUGGAUGCUUGUCAUGGCAUUCCAGGUCCGGAAGCACAUUGAUAUUUUUUGA